CUCUGGCGGAGCUGGUAGCCGCUCAUGGGGCGUUGCAUGUGCGCCUCGUGCUACCAGCCGUACGCCAUCCAAAUCAUGACUUGUAGCCUUCGUUGCGCACCUGCGCCUCAGGUCCAGAUACAAGACAAUCACUAAAGUCGGAUUUGUGUGCACUUACCUUAAUGGCUGAGAAGACAAUGGCGACAGUAACCCCCAUCCUCAAACCUCCCUUCGCUGCGCGUCCCAUUCCCCCCAAAGUCCCUACGGCGCCUCUCUCCGCAUCGCAAAUAUCACUGCAAAAUGGCGUCAACACCGGUCCACAGCCUGUCCUCGACACCGCGACUAACAUCCCGCUCUCGCCGCUGGACUCGCUGCCUACGAUAACAGGGCGCGGAAAUGCCGUCGUUCUCGCAAAUGACUCGAUUGGCGAGUUUCUAAAGGCUGAUUUGGAUCUAUCGCGGCUGAACAAGAUACAUGGACAUCUUUGGAUGGCCGGCCGACCAAUGCGCGCCAGGCCACUGCACAGAUACAAGAUGGAAGGGUUCGAUGUUUUGUUUACCCAGCAGAUGGACUUGCAUCUCCUCAAGUUCUCUAACAAGCUCAUGAUCAAGCCGCUGCCGGAAUGGAUAUUAUCCGCCGACUUCUGGAACGUCCAUCUCUGCGCGAGCGAGGAGCUGCACAAGUCCGCAUGCGGAUUCCUGCUCUCGUAUGUCUGGCUAGUGGUCACGCCGCUGGAUCUCAAACUUGCCCAUGACCACACGCUGCUCCCGAGCUUUGUAACGUGGCAUUGGUGGAAGGAGUUUGUGGGAGACUUCUACGGUAAUGUGGAUAUCAACACACUGCAUCAAGUCAACAGGCGCUAUCAAUUCGGCGAUCUACGUCUCGGACGUGUCAAUUCGAUAUACCGUUCGCUCUUCUUCACCACGCAUUUCGUGCGCGGCUAUCUCUACGGGUACAAUCGCUACGUUGUGUUCUUCCAGCGCAAUUUCAGCUGGAUACUCAUCGUCUUUGUAUUCUUCUCGCUCGUCCUGUCGGCGAUGCAGGUCGGCACCGGGCUCGACGAGUUGAAGGACAACUAUGCAUUCUUGAAAGCUAGCUAUGUGUUUGUCGUCUUCAGUAUGGUCAGCGUGGUCGCUGUGUUGGCGGUGGUUACAAUUCUCUUUGUGGGGAUCUUCUUGUUCAACAUGGUGACUGCGAUAGGUCAUGCGAAGAAUGUGCAGAACGAACGGAAAAAGCUUGCGAGGGAGAGAGCUGAAGGAAAAGAGGCCUGA